AUGAUUCCUGAAAUCAGAGAGCUUUCCUUUUUCCUGGGAUUUUUGCUGCUUUUUAUUGCCUCUGAGAUUGAAGCCAGAGCUCGUCCAGAUAUGUUCUGUGAUUUUAAUGGCAAGAAGUACGGUCCAGGAGAGAGCUGGCAUCCCUACUUGGAACCUCAGGGGCUGACGUACUGCAUCCGAUGCACCUGUUUGGAGAAUGUGAAUGUGAGCUGUUACCAAAUCCAGUGCCCAGCCCUGCAUUGCGUAAAGCCUGUCACUGACCCGCAGCAGUGCUGCCCUCGCUGUGCAGAGCCGCACACGCCGUCUGGUCUCCGGGCGCCUGUGAAGUCUUGCCAGUACAACGGGACAACCUACCAACCAGGGGAGAUGUUUACCACGAGCGAACUCUUCCCUUCUCGGCAGCCAAAUCAGUGUGCACAGUGCAGCUGCUCCGAAGGCCAGAUUUACUGCGGCUUGGUGACCUGCCCUGAUCUGCUGUGCUCCUCUCCUCUAACUGUGCCAGACUCCUGCUGCCAAGUUUGCCAAGACGGUUCCUAUGAGAAGUCAAUGGACGAGGAGCCCCUGCAGUUAAACAGAGGUGUUAGACAUUCUCAAGACCAGUGCUCGGGGGAUCUGGUGAGCAAGAGAUUGCUUGGCGGGACGGCUUCCACUGUGAUCAGUUCCUCGCUGGAGUUCAUUCCCAAGGGCUUCAAGCCAAAAGGAGGCGGAGGUGGCACUACAGUGAAAUUCAUCUUGAAAGAAAAGCACAAGAAAGCUUGCGUUUACAAUGGGAAGACCUACUCCCAUGGAGAAGUGUGGCAUCCCGUCUUCCGACUGUAUGGAGUCUUACCAUGCAUCCUGUGUACCUGCACGGAUGGGAUCCAGGACUGCCAGAAGGUUACGUGUCCCAAGGAAUAUCCUUGUGAAUAUCCUGAGAAAGUAGAAGGGAAAUGUUGUAAAAUAUGUCCAGAUGCCAAAGUCAAGCCCACGGAUGAAAUAAAUACCCCCAGAUGUGCCAAGAAUCUGAACAGGGUAUCGGUCUACAUGUUUGUGCCACCCAGCUCCGAGAGCCCAAAGGAAGACCUGAGAAAAAUUGCAAUCGAGAAAGACUCUUCUGAAGAGGUGGAAAUUUACAGCUGGAAACUGGUAAAAGGAAUAUUUCAUUUGAUACAGAUCAAGAAGAUCAGGAAACAGGAGUUCAACCCAGAAGCACAGAACUUUAGGCUGAUCACCAGAACAAAUGAAGGUCACUGGAACAACUUCAGAGCCCAAACCUCAGGGCUUAAGAUGACAGAGAGUCCAGAGAAAGAAACAAAGAACUUGUAA